AUGAAGUUCUUCACCGGCCUUUCCCUCGUUGCCUCCGCCCUUGCGAUGAGGAUGGACGUUACCAAGCGUGACAGCCCACUCAAGGUUGAGAUCCAGAGUGUUGGCAACUCUGCUGUCAAGGCCGUUGUCACCAACACCGGCUCUGAGCCCAUCAAGCUGAUGAAGACUGGCUCCAUCCUGGACCAGACUGCCGUCGAGAAGGCCGAGAUUUUCUCUGGUUCCGACCAGGUCGCCUUCGAUGGUGUUCGCCUCCAGAUCCAGACCAGCGAGGUGGCUGAGGAUGCCUUCCAGACCCUGGCUGCCGGUGAGAGUGUUGAGGCCGAGUUCGACCCCGCUGAGGUCCAUGACUUGAGCACCGGUGGUGACUUCGACUUCCUCGUCCGUGGAACGUUCUUGACCGCCUCUGCGGACAGCACCAGCAUCGACGGCUCCGUGCCCUUCGACAGCAAUUUGCUGAAGUCUCACGUCGACGGUGUUGCCGCCGCCAAGGUCCGUCGGGACUUCCACGAGAACAUCAAGCGGACCGUUGUCCAGUCCGACUGCACAGGAACCCGCGGAACUGCUCAGCGCACUGCCUUGAGCAACUGCGCCGCCCUGGCCCGCAAGGCUGCCACCGCCGCCACCAGCGGCGCCGCUGCCAAGCUGACCGAGUACUUCAAGUCGUCCACGUCAGCCACCCGCAGCACCGUCGCCGCCGUCUUCAACGCCGCCGCCACCGAGUGCGGCAGCACAACCUCUGGCGUGAGCACGCAGUACUGCACCGACGUGCUCAGCUCCUGCUCAAGCAACGUCCUCGCCUACACCUACCCCUCCCAGAGCCUCAUGGUCUCGUGCCCCCUGUACUUCAGCGCCUUGACUGCUCUCAGCACCCAGUGCCACGCUCAGGACCAGGCCACCACCACUCUCCACGAGACCACCCACCUGAGGCAGAUCAAGGGAACCGCCGACAACGGCUACGGCUACAACGCCAUCCAGGGCCUGACCUCCGCUCAAAGCUUGAACAACGCUGACAGCUACGCGCUGUUUGCCAAUGCCAUCCAGGUCGGAUGCUAG